AUGGAGCGUGCAGUCAGUCGUGGAGAGCUGGGGUCGCCGGCAAGCUCGCCCGAGCCAGCGUCUGAUCUAGAGCUGGUAAAGCACAUCAAGGAAAUCUCGGAGUUCGACUAUGUGCAAACAGAGAAUGCAGCUCCUGGUCACGAUGAGCGCGGUCAUGUCGAUGACGAUGAUCUGGACUUCCGCCUCUUCUCCAGCAGCAAACCAGCAGACGCCACAGCCGCCGCCACGGUCGCAAACAAGAUCAGGCUGCGGUCACCCACUCCGCAGAAUGCCGAGCCUGGUUUCAUGAUACCGGAGAGACCACGGCGCUGUUACUUUCAAGAUGCUUCACCGGGUUCUGUUGAGACGUACCAAGCUGCGGCACUUUCAAGCGCAGAAGUCCUAGCUCUCUCGCACAAGCCGUGCCCAGGUAAUGAAUAUCCUUGGAAAGUGCUGCAUCUUCCAUCAUCAUCGCAGGCAAAGUCAACGAGUGCACAGAAUAUGCUCUUCGCAAGACUCAUCGUGUUGGGUGGCGAAGGUAGUAGGAAGCGCAAGCGGCUUGGCAAGAAGGCCAGGAUCAGAGUUCGCGUGAAGCAUGCUACUGCCAAGGAGCAGUCCGAAAAGGCGAAAGCGGAUGCUGCAUCGAAGGGAAGUGCUGAGAAGGAGAAGAGAGCGAGGAGGAAUCGGGAGAAGAAGUUGAAGAAGCGGGCUAAGGGGCGAGCGGCGAAGGCUGCGGGAGGAGAUGCCGCUGGUGAUGGUAGUGGGCAGGUAGAAGAUGGCUCUGACAGUGAGGAAAAUGGUGAAUGA